AUGGAAGUCGUUCCAACGCUGGACGAUGUGCAAGCACUUCGUCAACUAACGCUUGCUCAUGAACAUUUAAUGAUCUGUCUGUGUGGUGUGGAUGUAGAGCAAGAUACCGACACGUUCGUGCUACAGGCAUCACUUCAAAAGAUCAUUCGAAUCAAGAUGCAAAUGAAUGGCGAUCAUUGCAUGAGUCUUGCCAAAGUGCAGGAAUCAAAACUCGUCAUUGAGCAGGAGUUUACAAGAGAUGUUGGUGCUCUAGUGGUAGCAGUGCCACGAAUCUUUAGCUCAACUGAUCAUGACAGCACAGUGGAUCUGGAUGCACUCCUUUCUGAUGCAAUUUGCUACUUUGGUGCACAGCAAGAUAUGGAGACUGCUUCAUCCUUUCGCUUGUUGCUAAUCUACAGACAGGUCAAACAGACACCACAGCUCCAUGUCAUUCACAGGGAGAUCCCGAAUAGGUUUAUAGAUGAUCCUGCUUGUCACCUGGAUGUCAUCUACUGGCAUCACGAUGUCCCGUUUAACGCAGCACAGUGUGUUUUCGAUCAACUCUGCUCUUAUGACAACACAAACCCACUGGCCAAAUUCUACUUCUUGGAAGUCGGCGAAUCAGUCGAGAGGUUACAUCAGGCACUCGUGCUUGUGCUGUCGCACCCGGCUCAUCGAUUGAGUCAAAACGGUGCUGAACAGCUUCUAGAGUCGCGGUUUUCACCCAGUAAAAGAGUCAACUCGCUAAAUUAG